AAGGAUCCAUCCAAAGUUCACUGCUGUGAAAUGCCAACGGACUGAGAGACACGGCAGGAGAUUUGAGACAGUAGAUCUAGACGAGAACAUCUGAGGAUUAUAUGUGGUGUUGACCAAAAAACUGCAAAGACAGACGAAAUAGACGGUGUGUAACAGGACAGGUUCUUUCAACUGAGACAUCUGCUGGAGCCCACGACGGUGCUGACUCUGAGACGAUGGACAUCCUUGAGACAGAUGCCUAUGACAGGCGGCAGAGAAGAAACAUGUCCUGUGCUCUCCUUUUUUCUCUUUUGCCCUUCUUUUUGGCCACAGGUCUGUACUUCUACCUGUGGACUCCUGACACACCUGCAUCCAUCACGCUGGCAGGUGUCAAAUCAGCACCAACCCUUCUAUUGGCUGCAGUAGUGCUGAGCUGGAAUGGAGGUCAGAGUGUCCUGGGUGUGAUGGGAGGACUGCUCCUCUCUGCAGUUGGUGACUGCUGCCUGGUUUGGCCUGAACUUUUUCUGCAUGGAAUGGGUGCAUUUGCUGUGGCUCAUCUACUGUACUCACUCACCUUCCUCUCCAGUCGCUACGCAGCACAUUCCUCUUCCUCCUGGACCCGUAUUCUCUAUCCAAUCCUGUUCCUGGCUGGUGGAGGUUUCUACAUUUACAUAUAUCCAUUCGUGCAGAAGACACCAAACUCAGACAUACUGAUUCCAGCUGUGGGGGUCUACGUUGCCUUAAUUUCUCUGAUGGGGGCAUUAGCCAUCAGAACCCGCCAGACAGUGACACUUUUAGGAAGUUUGAGCUUCAUGGUGUCUGACAUGUCACUGGCUAUGCAAAUUUUCAAGGUGACAGCACCAAUGGAGCAUGGUAACACUAUUGUCAUGGUGACAUAUUAUUUGGCACAGCUACUAAUAGCUGUGGGCGAUGUAAAGGCAGUAGAGAACAAGGACGAUUUUGCAAAAUGGAAGAGGUCCUAAACUACAUCCCUGUGGCAUCCCUAGUGUCUUUAGUAUCUUCAUCACUCUGGUAAAAUCUUAAACUUGCCUAUAUAUACUUCUUGUAGGUCUUGGAGUUUUAAAUAUGAACUCAUCAAAUACAGUAAAAGAGGAAA